UUUUCUUCGAUUUUUCUCAAUAUUCCAGCUAUUUUUCACGGAUUUUUAUCAUUUUUUCGACAAAACUCCAAGAGCACACAUCUGAUCGUCGGAUUCUACUGUACUCCCCGAAAAACCAACAAAAAACACAAGUUUUUGAACACUUGUAAAUGCAGACAGAACGAUGACGAGAAUGAAUAUUGUCAGAUGUCGGAGACGACACAAAAUUUUGGAAAAUUUGGAAGAAGAGAAUCUCGGCCCGAGCUGCUCGUCGACGACUUCAACAACCGCUGCCACCGAAGCUCUCGGAACAACCACUGAGGAUAUGAGGCUUAAGCAGCAGCGAAGCUCGUCGCGUGCCACGGAGCACGAUAUUGUCGACGGCAAUCACCACGACGACGAGCACAUCACAAUGAGACGGCUUCGACUUGUCAAAAAUUCGCGGACGCGGCGUAGAACGACGCCCGAUUCAAGUAUGGACUGCUAUGAGGAAAACCCGCCAUCACAAAAAACUUCAAUAAAUUAUUCUUGGAUUUCUAAAAAGUCAUCAAUGACGUCAUUAAUGCUUUUACUGCUAUUCGCUUUUGUACAGCCGUGUGCCUCAAUAGUCGAAAAACGAUGCGGCCCAAUCGAUAUUCGAAAUAGGCCGUGGGAUAUUAAGCCGCAAUGGUCGAAACUUGGUGAUCCGAACGAAAAAGAUUUGGCUGGUCAGAGAAUGGUCAACUGCACAGUGGUGGAAGGUUCGCUGACAAUCUCAUUUGUACUGAAACACAAGACAAAAGCACAAGAAGAAAUGCAUCGAAGUCUACAGCCAAGAUAUUCCCAAGACGAAUUUAUCACUUUUCCGCAUCUACGUGAAAUUACUGGAACUCUGCUCGUUUUUGAGACUGAAGGAUUAGUGGAUUUGCGUAAAAUUUUCCCAAAUCUUCGUGUAAUUGGAGGCCGUUCGCUGAUUCAACACUAUGCGCUGAUAAUUUAUCGAAAUCCGGAUUUGGAGAUCGGUCUUGACAAGCUUUCCGUAAUUCGAAAUGGUGGUGUACGGAUAAUCGAUAAUCGAAAACUGUGCUACACGAAAACGAUUGAUUGGAAACAUUUGAUCACUUCUUCCAUCAACGAUGUUGUCGUUGAUAAUGCUGCCGAGUACGCUGUCACUGAGACUGGAUUGAUGUGCCCACGUGGAGCUUGCGAAGAGGAUAAAGGCGAAUCAAAGUGUCAUUAUUUGGAGGAAAAGAAUCAGGAACAAGGUGUCGAAAGAGUUCAGAGUUGUUGGUCGAACACCACUUGCCAAAAGUCUUGUGCUUAUGAUCGUCUUCUUCCAACGAAAGAAAUCGGACCGGGAUGUGAUGCGAACGGCGAUCGAUGUCACGAUCAAUGCGUGGGCGGUUGUGAGCGUGUGAAUGAUGCGACAGCAUGCCACGCGUGCAAGAAUGUCUAUCACAAGGGAAAGUGUAUCGAAAAGUGUGAUGCUCACCUGUACCUUCUCCUUCAACGUCGUUGUGUGACCCGUGAGCAGUGUCUGCAGCUGAAUCCGGUGCUCUCGAACAAAACAGUGCCUAUCAAGGCGACGGCAGGCCUUUGCUCGGAUAAAUGUCCCGAUGGUUAUCAAAUCAACCCGGAUGAUCAUCGAGAAUGCCGAAAAUGCGUUGGCAAGUGUGAGAUUGUGUGCGAGAUCAAUCACGUCAUUGAUACGUUUCCGAAGGCACAGGCGAUCAGGCUAUGCAAUAUUAUUGACGGAAAUCUGACGAUCGAGAUUCGCGGAAAACAGGAUUCGGGAAUGGCGUCCGAGUUGAAGGAUAUAUUUGCGAACAUUCACACGAUCACCGGCUACCUGUUGGUACGUCAAUCGUCACCGUUUAUCUCGUUGAACAUGUUCCGGAAUUUACGACGUAUUGAGGCAAAGUCACUGUUCAGAAAUCUAUAUGCUAUCACAGUUUUUGAAAAUCCGAAUUUAAAAAAGCUAUUCGAUUCAACGACGGAUUUGACGCUUGAUCGUGGAACUGUGUCAAUUGCCAAUAACAAGAUGUUAUGCUUCAAGUAUAUCAAGCAGCUAAUGUCAAAGUUAAAUAUACCACUCGAUCCGAUAGAUCAAUCAGAAGGGACAAAUGGUGAGAAGGCAAUCUGUGAGGAUAUGGCAAUCAACGUGAGCAUCACAGCGGUCAACGCGGACUCGGUCUUCUUUAGUUGGCCCUCAUUCAACAUUACCGAUAUAGAUCAGCGAAAGUUUCUCGGCUACGAGCUCUUCUUCAAAGAAGUCCCACGAAUCGAUGAGAACAUGACGAUCGAAGAGGAUCGAAGUGCGUGUGUCGAUUCGUGGCAGAGUGUCUUCAAACAGUACUACGAGACGUCGAACGGUGAACCGACCCCGGACAUUUUUAUGGAUAUUGGACCGCGCGAGCGAAUUCGGCCGAAUACGCUCUACGCGUACUAUGUGGCGACGCAGAUGGUGUUGCAUGCCGGUGCGAAGAACGGUGUAUCGAAGAUUGGUUUUGUGAGGACGAGCUACUAUACGCCUGAUCCUCCGACGUUGGCACUAGCGCAAGUCGAUUCGGACGCUAUUCAUAUUACGUGGGAAGCGCCGCUCCAACCGAACGGAGACCUCACGCAUUACACAAUUAUGUGGCGUGAGAAUGAAGUGAGCCCGUACGAGGAAGCCGAAAAGUUUUGUACAGAUGCAAGCACCCCCGCAAAUCGACAACACACGAAAGAUCCGAAAGAGACGAUUGUAGCCGAUAAGCCAGUCGAUAUUCCGUCAUCACGUACCGUAGCUCCGACACUUUUGACUAUGAUGGGUCACGAAGAUCAGCAGAAAACGUGCGCUGCAACGCCCGGUUGUUGUUCGUGUUCGGCUAUCGAAGAAUCAUCGGAACAGAACAAGAAGAAGCGACCGGAUCCGAUGUCGGCGAUCGAAUCAUCUGCAUUUGAGAAUAAGCUGUUGGAUGAGGUUUUAAUGCCGAGAUGCGACAUAAAAAAUGAUCCUGUUGGAUGUGCAAUGCUUCUUCUACCACCUGAAAUUGAUGAUUCUGAUGUUGGUGAUGACGAUGAAGAGCCCGGCGGAGGCAGUGAGCAACAACAACGGAUUCUACGAAAUUCCGAGAUUCUGAAACGGCAAAAACGUCAGAUUUUGGGGCGCAGCCUUGGUGGAAUUCAUGGAAUUCGAUCGAUUGGACGGAAAGAAUAUGAACAGUUUGCUGAUAUGAUUUUAGACACGAUGCGAGUGAGACGAUCAAUUGAAGACGCGAAUCGAGUCAGUGAAGAGUUGGAAAAAGCUGAAAAUUUGGGAAAAGCUCCAAAAACUCUCGGUGGAAAGAAGCCGCUGAUCCAUAUUUCGAAGAAGAAGCCGUCGAGCAGCAGCACCACAUCCACACCGGCUCCAACGAUCGCAUCAAUGUAUGCCUUAACAAGGAAACCGACUACGGUGCCGGGAACAAGGAUUCGGCUCUACGAGAUCUACGAACCUUUACCCGGAAGCUGGGCGAUUAAUGUAUCAGCUCUGGCAUUGGAUAAUAGUUAUGUGAUACGAAAUUUGAAGCAUUACACACUUUAUGCGAUUUCUCUAUCCGCGUGCCAAAACAUGACAGUACCCGGAGCAUCUUGCUCAAUAUCCCAUCGUGCGGGAGCAUUGAAACGAACAAAACACAUCACAGACAUUGAUAAAGUGUUGAAUGAAACAAUUGAAUGGAGAUUUAUGAAUAAUAGUCAACAAGUCAACGUGACGUGGGAUCCACCGACUGAAGUGAAUGGUGGAAUAUUCGGUUAUGUUGUAAAGCUUAAGUCAAAAGUCGAUGGAUCAAUUGUUAUGACGAGAUGUGUCGGUGCGAAGAGAGGAUAUUCAACACGGAAUCAGGGUGUCCUAUUCCAGAAUUUGGCCGAUGGACGUUAUUUUGUCUCAGUAACGGCGACCUCUGUACACGGCGCUGGACCGGAAGCCGAAUCCUCCGACCCAAUCGUCGUCAUGACGCCAGGCUUCUUCACUGUGGAAAUCAUUCUCGGCAUGCUUCUCGUCUUUUUGAUUUUAAUGUCAAUUGCCGGUUGUAUAAUCUACUACUACAUUCAAGUACGCUACGGCAAAAAAGUGAAAGCUCUAUCUGACUUUAUGCAAUUGAAUCCCGAAUAUUGUGUGGACAAUAAGUACAAUGCAGACGAUUGGGAGCUACGGCAGGAUGAUGUUGUGCUCGGACAACAGUGUGGAGAGGGAUCAUUCGGAAAAGUGUACCUAGGAACUGGAAAUAAUGUUGUUUCUCUGAUGGGUGAUCGUUUCGGACCGUGUGCUAUUAAGAUUAAUGUAGAUGAUCCAGCGUCGACUGAGAAUCUCAACUAUCUCAUGGAAGCUAAUAUUAUGAAGAACUUUAAGACUAACUUUAUCGUCAAACUGUACGGAGUUAUCUCUACUGUACAACCAGCGAUGGUUGUGAUGGAAAUGAUGGAUCUUGGAAAUCUCCGUGACUAUCUCCGAUCGAAACGCGAAGACGAAGUGUUCAAUGAGACGGACUGCAACUUUUUCGACAUAAUCCCGAGGGAUAAAUUCCAUGAGUGGGCCGCACAGAUUUGUGAUGGUAUGGCGUACCUGGAGUCGCUCAAGUUUUGCCAUCGAGAUCUCGCCGCACGUAAUUGCAUGAUAAAUCGGGAUGAGACUGUCAAGAUUGGAGAUUUCGGAAUGGCUCGUGAUCUAUUCUAUCAUGACUAUUAUAAGCCAUCGGGCAAGCGUAUGAUGCCUGUUCGAUGGAUGUCACCCGAGUCGUUGAAAGACGGAAAGUUUGACUCGAAAUCUGAUGUUUGGAGCUUCGGAGUUGUUCUCUAUGAAAUGGUUACACUCGGUGCUCAGCCAUAUAUUGGUUUGAGUAAUGAUGAGGUGUUGAAUUAUAUUGGAAUGGCCCGGAAGGUUAUCAAGAAGCCCGAAUGUUGUGAAAACUAUUGGUAUAAGGUGAUGAAAAUGUGCUGGAGAUACUCACCUCGGGAUCGUCCGACGUUCCUCCAGCUCGUUCAUCUUCUAGCAGCUGAAGCUUCACCAGAAUUCCGAGAUUUAUCAUUUGUCCUAACCGAUAAUCAAAUGAUCCUUGACGAUUCAGAAGCACUGGAUCUUGAUGAUAUUGAUGAUACUGAUAUGAAUGAUCAGGUUGUCGAGGUGGCACCGGAUGUUGAGAACGUCGAGGUUCAGAGUGAUUCGGAACGUCGGAAUACGGAUUCAAUACCGUUGAAACAGUUUAAGACGAUCCCUCCGAUCAAUGCGACGACGAGUCAUUCGACAAUAUCGAUUGAUGAGACACCGAUGAAAGCGAAGCAGCGAGAAGGAUCGCUGGAUGAGGAGUACGCAUUGAUGAAUCAUAGUGGAGGUCCGAGUGAUGCGGAAGUUCGGACGUAUGCUGGUGAUGGAGAUUAUGUGGAGAGAGAUGUUCGAGAGAAUGAUGUGCCAACGCGACGAAAUACUGGUGCAUCAACAUCAAGUUACACAGGUGGUGGUCCAUAUUGCCUAACAAAUCGUGGUGGUUCAAAUGAACGAGGAGCCGGUUUCGGUGAAGCAGUACGAUUAACUGAUGGUGUUGGAAGUGGACAUUUAAAUGAUGAUGAUUAUGUUGAAAAAGAGAUAUCAUCCAUGGAUACGCGCCGGAGCACGGGCGCCUCGAGCUCUUCCUACGGUGUUCCACAGACGAAUUGGAGUGGAAAUCGUGGUGCCACGUAUUAUACGAGUAAAGCUCAACAGGCAGCAACUGCAGCAGCAGCAGCAGCAGCAGCUCUCCAACAGCAACAAAAUGGUGGUCGAGGCGAUCGAUUAACUCAACUACCCGGAACUGGACAUUUACAAUCGACACGUGGUGGACAAGAUGGAGAUUAUAUUGAAACUGAACCGAAAAAUUAUAGAAAUAAUGGAUCUCCAUCGCGAAACGGCAACAGCCGUGACAUUUUCAACGGACGUUCGGCUUUCGGUGAAAAUGAGCAUCUAAUCGAGGAUAAUGAGCAUCAUCCACUUGUCUGAAACCCCCAAAAAAUCCCGCCUCUUAAAUUAUAAAUUAUCUCCCACAUUAUCAUAUCUCUACACGAAUAUCGGAUUUUUUUUCAGAUUUUUUCUGAAAAAUUCUGAAUAAUUUUACCCCAUUUUUCAAAUCUCUGUAUUUUUUUUUGUUAUUACCCCCCAUAUACAUUGUGACGAGUCCUAAGACAAGAGCCCCCUUGCAACAAAAAACCAUCAAAAACUUCCCGUGAAUUCCAUAGAUAGUGUCUUUCAAACAAGAUUUUUUUCUGAGUUUGUACGUUCGCUGACGAAAAUUUCAUGUGAAAAAUUGAAUUUUUGUCGAUUUUUUGAGCUUAAAAUCGAUAAUUUUUGAAUUUCCCGGUAAAAAACGAUAAUGUAUCGAUUUUCUUUUUGCAAAAAUCGAUAAUUUUUCGAUUUUUGAAAAAAAUUUUGAUUUAUCGAAAUUCCGGUAAAAUUUGGAUUUUUUUUUCUGAAAAUCGAUAAUUCGAUGAAAAAAUUGAUUUUCGACAAAAUAAUCAAUAUUUUAUCGAUUUUUGACGAUUUUUUUCCAAAAUUUCUUAAAAUCGAUUAAAUAUUUUUUUUUUCAUUUUUGGAAAUCGUUUUGAUUUUUUGAAGAAAAUUUUUUAAUUUUUAAAUUUUUUUUUUAAAUUUUUUAUUUAAUUUUAAUUUUUUAUCGAAUUUUCCAACAAAAAAAUUCGAAAAUCGAUAAAAAAUUCCAACAAAAAAAAAUUUAUUUUAAAGAUUUUUUCAAAAAUCAGAAAAAAAAACAAUCAGUUUUUCGAAAAAUGGAUAAUUUUUUGAUUUUUCCAAAAAAAAUUCUGAAAAUCAAUAGAAAAUUUAAAAAAAAACUACCGUUUUUUCAGAAAAUUGUUGAAUUUUUCUGAAUUUUUUUUCCGAAAAUCUGAAAAAAUCGAUAAAAUCUCAAUUUCCCCCUCAAAAAAAAACCAGCGAACGUAUAUCUUUUUAAAAAAUUUCAAAAUUCCCCCUCUCUCUCUCCUUAUACAUAUUACUUCUCUCUGUGAGCAAUUUAUUUAAAAUAUUGUUUAAAAAAACGAGAAACUUGAUUUUAUUUUGCGGGUUUCAUUUCUCUACAAACCCCCCACAAAAAUCGGUGAUUUUUCGAAUUUUCUUUGUAUUUUUUUUAUUUUUCGAUUUUUUCUUCUCCCUCUCCCUGACACUACCAGAUAUUCUCAUGACUAACUUCCACCAAAAUAUAUACCUCUAUUCUCUGUAUUUUGUGCUCUGUGUCCCCUCUUUUUCUCCCUCAAAAAAUUAUAUAUCUCAGUCAAUACACACAAACCAUAUUAUGUUCUCUUAGAGCCCUGAAAUAUUGGCUAAUUUCAACCAAAAAAAUCAAUCAAUACAAGAAAUUGAGUAU